AUGUCGUUCGCGCUGGAGGAGACGGUCGAGUCGGACUGGGUGGCCGUGCGGCCCCACGUAUUCGACGAGCGCGAGAAGCACAAGUUCGUCUUCAUCGUGGCCUGGAACGAGAUUGAGGGCAAGUUUGCCAUAACCUGCCACAACCGGACGGCCCAGAGGCAGAGGAGCGGCACCCGGGAGCAGGCGGGGGCGCGAGGCGGCGCCGAGUCAGGCGCGCUCGCAUCCGACGGGACUCGCGGGCCGGGCAGCCCGGCGGGCAAGGGUCGCCCGGAGGCCACUGCCUCCGCGACUCUGGGCAGGAGCCCCGGGUCCCGCAGGCGCCCAGCCUGGCCGGAGGGCAGCUCUCCGCGGAGCGUGUGCAGCCUUCGAGGGGACGCGCCGCUGUGGAGUCAGGCCGGCAAAGGGGCGGAAAGUCCUCUCCGGAGCCCAGUGCGGGCCAACCCCAGUCCGGUCCGGAGGGCAUCCGGAGGCAGAGAUGUGGCUGGGUCUGCCCCUGCGGCAGCCCCGCCGGCGGCCAAGGAGGCCCCGAUGUCGUCGGUGCGGGUAGUGAGCGCCUGCGGGACGGUUACCGAGGAGAUCGAGGUGCUGGAAAUGGUCAGGGAAGAUGAGGCGGACUCGGCGGCGGUAGCGCUGCCGGCCGCUGAACUGGAGUCCCCGGCCGAGGAGUGCAGCUGGGCCGGGCUCUUUUCCUUCCAGGAUCUGCGCGCCGUGCACCAGCAGCUGUGCUCCGUGAACUCGCAGCUGGAGCAGUGCCUGCCGGUGUUUCCGGAGGAGCCGUCGGGCAUGUGGACGGUGCUCUUCGGGGGCGCCCCGGAGAUGACCGAGCAGGAGAUCGACACGCUGUGUUACCAGCUCCAGGUUUACCUGGGCCACGGCCUGGACACCUGCGGCUGGAAGAUCCUGUCCCAGGUGCUGUUCACCGAGACCGACGACCCGGAGGAGUAUUACGAAAGCCUGAGCGAGCUGCGGCAGAAGGGCUACGAAGAAGUGCUCCAGCGGGCCAGGAAGCGCAUCCAGGAGCUCUUGGACAAGCACAAGAAUACGGAGAGCAUGGUAGAGCUUCUGGACUUGUAUCAGAUGGAGGACGAAGCCUACAGCAGCCUUGCAGAAGCCACAACUGAACUCUAUCAGUAUUUACUGCAGCCAUUUCGAGACAUGCGAGAACUUGCUAUGCUACGAAGACAGCAGAUCAAGAUUUCUAUGGAAAAUGACUACCUGGGCCCCCGAAGAAUUGAAAGUCUACAGAAAGAGGAUGCUGACUGGCAGCGGAAAGCCCACAUGGCCGUGCUGUCCAUUCAAGAUCUUACCGUCAAAUACUUUGAAAUAACAGCUAAAGCUCAAAAAGCUGUGUAUGAUCGAAUGCGAGCAGAUCAGAAGAAAUUUGGUAAAGCGUCAUGGGCAGCAGCCGCUGAACGUAUGGAAAAACUUCAGUAUGCAGUUUCUAAGGAGACUUUGCAGAUGAUGAGAGCUAAGGAGAUCUGUUUGGAACAGAAGAAACAUGCUCUAAAAGAAGAGAUGCAGAGUCUACAGGGUGGUACAGAAGCCAUAGCUCGAUUGGAUCAGUUAGAAGCUGAUUAUUAUGAUCUGCAACUUCAGUUGUAUGAAGUGCAGUUUGAAAUCUUGAAGUGUGAAGAGUUACUGUUGACAGCACAACUGGAAAGCAUCAAAAGACUUAUAUCAGAAAAGAGAGAUGAAGUGGUAUACUAUGACACUUAUGAAAGCAUGGAGGCCAUGCUGGAGAAGGAAGAGAUGGCAGCGUCUGUGCAUUUUCAGAGAGAAGAACUACAGAAACUUCAGCAGAAAGCACGCCAGCUGGAGGCAAGACGUGGACGGGUUUCGGCCAAGAAAGCAUACCUCAGAAAUAAAAAGGAAAUUUGUAUUGCAAAACACAAUGAAAAAUUCCAACAACGCCUUCGGAGUGAAGAUGAGUAUAGAACCCACCACACAGUACAACUAAAAAGAGAUAAAUUACAUGAUGAAGAAGAAAGAAAAAGCGCCUGGGUUAGCCAAGAAAGACAGAAAACACUGGAUAGACUUCGAAAUUUUAAACAGAGAUACCCAGGCCAGGUCAUACUUAAAUCAACCCGAUUGCGACUGGCUCAGGCAAGAAGAAGAAGUGCAGCGGGUCCCCUGUCCUGUGAAGACCAGUGUGACGGCCCGCCAGCAGCGCUGCAGGUGGAAGAGAAGAGGGAGGGCCUGGACGGAGGAAGGGCCGCGCUCCGGUCAUCACAGGCAGCGGACGCCCGGAGCCUCACCCCACCCGACGGCCCUCCGUCAGCACAACUUGAAGCCACCUCAUCACUCCCCAGCGGCGUUGCCGCCGAGCUGCCUCCCCCUGUGUCUCCUGCACUGUUGAGCCCUGUGGACUGCAGAGCAGGCUCGGUCCCCGCGGGGCCGCUCCCACCCGCUCUGCCUCCCACGCCUCCGCCGCCGCCCCCGCCGCUGCCUCCGCCCCCGCCGCCUUUGCCCGUCGGUCUGGACGGCGCCCCGGAGGCGCUGGAGAAAGGCCCGCCCCAGAUGGAGGGGAGCGAGAAGAGGAUCCCAAAGUCAGCCAGCGCCCCCUCAGCGCAGCUCUUCGACAGCAGCCAGCUCGUCAGUGCCAGGAAGAAGCUCCGAAAGACGGCUGAAGGCUUGCAGAGGAGGAGAGUGAGCUCACCCAUGGAUGAGGUGCUAGCUUCCUUGAAGCGUGGUAGUUUCCAUCUGAAAAAGGUUGAACAGCGAACUCUGCCUCCUUUUCCUGAUGAAGAUGAUAGUAAUAACAUCCUGGCACAAAUAAGAAAGGGGGUAAAAUUGAAGAAGGUACAGAAGGAAGUCUUGAGAGAAUCCUUCACGCUUCUGCCUGACACAGACCCUCUAACACGGAGCAUCCAUGAAGCUCUUAGAAGAAUCAAAGAAGCAUCCCCUGAAUCAGAGGAUGAAGAGGAGGCUUUGCCUUGCACAGACUGGGAAAACUAA